UCUCCCACAUUGUAGUAAUAAUUACUUCAUUUUGCUCUUCUCUUCUGUGUUGAUCACAUUCAAUUUUCACAUAAUAAUCUUAGUUACUGCAUUUUGCUAUAUUUUCUCUUGUGUUGAUCACAUUUGAUUUUCAUGAUGAUGAGGUUUAGAGCUUGCAAGCUUUAUACUUCUUGCCUUUUGGCAACUUCUAAAUUGAUAUCCACAUCUUCUUCAGCUGUCCCUCAAAUUCCAAUUAGGGUUUUUCAUUGCUUUAACAUCCCUCAAUCUCAUGGCUGCAAGAACAGCUUUCUUUUCUCAAGACCAUACAUGUCAGCCUCUUCAGCUCUUUUGGCCAAGGAUGAGGAAGUGAGAGGUAAAGGCAUCGGAUUACUCAGAGCAGUUGAAGACAAACAUGGGGGAGUAAUUGUAAACAUGGAGGAGCCUAUGGAUUCCUUGGUUUUUGCUUCUUUGUUAGAAGCUUCAUUAUCAGAAUGGAAGAGACAGGGAAAGAAAGGAGUAUGGAUCAAGUUGCCCAGAGAACAUUCAAAUCUUGUGCCCUCUGCAGUGAAGGCUGGAUUCAGAUACCACCAUGCUGAACCUGACUACUUGAUGCUUGUAAACUGGAUUCCAAAUACUCCUGACACCCUUCCUGCAAAUGCUUCCCAUCGCGUUGGUAUUGGUGCUUUUGUCAUGAAUACCAAUAUGGAGGUGCUGGUGGUUCAGGAAAGUAAUGGCAGAUUCAGUGGCAAAGGAAUAUGGAAAUUGCCAACUGGAGCUGUAAAUGAAGGUGAGGAUAUUUGUAGUGCUGCAGUUAGAGAAGUCAGAGAAGAAACAGGGAUAGAAACUGAAUUUGUUCAGGUUUUAGCAUUCAGGGAAGGGCAUAAAUCUUUCUUCCAGAAGUCAGACUUGUUCUUUGUUUGCAUGUUGCAACCUCGCUCCUUUAACAUUCAGAGGCAGGUUUCAGAAAUUGAGGCAGCUCAGUGGAUGCCAGUUGAGGAUUAUGUAGCCCAGCCUUUUGUCAGAGAAAAUGAGCUAUUUGACUUUCUUACAAAAAUAUGCUUAACAAAGUUGGAUGGGAAAUACACUGGCUUUUCUAGCCGACUUACUAGCACAUCCUCUAGCAAGAAAUCCUAUUUGUACUUCAACCACAAGGAUGGUGGCCGCUUGUUAGCUUCCAAACAUGAUCAGCAUGCUUGACUUCCAAUUUAUGGGAUCAGGAUCCUCUCAUGUUGAAAUUUUGUGUUUAUCUCUCUCUUCAGAAGUAUUAAACAGGUAGAACCCUUUAAUUAUUUAUGAAGAAAGAAAUAGACACAAUGUUUCACUUGACAUUGUCAUGUGACAUGAGAAGAUCAUAAUCACAAGUUCUGUGACAUUUACUUGCUAGGAGGCUUCAUCAUUAUUUUGGGCUCAUUUCCUUUGACCAAUAAGGGUUGUUAGCAUUGUACAGAAAUCUCAACACAUUAUUUUAUUUUUCCAAGCCACAAGAGGGUAGGAAUAAUGCUUGCCAUUUCAUUAUUUGUUCAUUGUAUCAAAUCUUUCAUUCUUGGGUGGAAGACUGCUGAUUUGUUACUUUUUUGUUUCAGAUUGUUGUAAUUUCCAUCUCAUAGACUAUACCAUUAAUUAAAAUAAUAAGAACCAACUUUCUUA